CGGUUCCGCAGUGGAACCUGCCAUCCUGUCCCCCAAGUAGGGUUUCCGCUUCGGUGCCUCGUCUGCCUCCAUUCUCGCUCGCUGCGAGAUCCGUGCCUGAGAAGCACGAGCGCCUUUGCAUCCCCUGACUGAUGCACGCAUCUUGUCGAUGCUGCCACGUUCUCCGCCAGGGGUUUUCCAGGUACACACACUCGCCCCGCUUGCUUACGAAGAAGUCGUGGAGUUUUGAACGGUGAGUUGAGCAAGGAAGGAUGCACGGGAUAGCCAUGGACCUGAAUGUGAUAUGGUGACUGCUACGUAGCCUCUCGCAGUUAUGGUGUCGCAAUGUCCUUGGUUUUAAUAGCGUUGAAGCAAAUAGACAAGUGUCGUUUUCUGCACUCGCCGGCAUUGCGAUGGGUAUUUUUUUAAGUUCAGCACGGAGCCCAGAGCAUGAAACCUCCAUUGCCAAUAGUGAUUCAACAAAGAGGCAGCGCAUGAGUGUUGAAAAUGAACAACAACCAGCAAUUAUCCCAGGUUUACCUGAAGAGAUCGCACUUCAAAUUUUGGCCCGUGUCACACGGGGCAACCAUCCUCUUUUACGUUGUGUAUGCAAGUCCUGGUACCGUAUUCUCUCCACAUCUGAAAUCUUCAAUCUCAGGAAGGAGCUGGGUGUGAUGGAGGAGUGGUUGUACGUGUUGAUGAAGGAUGAAGAGGAUCACCUUGGAUGGCAUGUACUGGACCCUGUGGAAGGGAAAUGGCGGAAACUACCUCCCAUGCCUGAGAUAGCAAACAUUGCCAAGAAGACUGAUGCACCUGAGACAUCAUGGGGAUGGAGGAUUCCUUUGGGUCCUUUGCGAAUGAUGCGGCUUACUGGCCUUUUUGGGGGUUGGUUCCAGCGGAAGGGCUUCCUGGACAAGACACCUUUUUGUGGCUGCUCGGCGGGAGCUAUUAAUGGCAGCCUCUACGUCCUGGGGGGCUUCUCGUGGGCAAGUGCUAUGCGUGCGGUCUGGAGGUAUGACUCGCGGACGAACACGUGGGCGUCAUCAGCGGGGAUGGAAGUUGCGCGCGCAUAUUGCAAGACAGGGGUUGUGGACAACAAGCUUUAUGCUAUUGGUGGAGUUGACCGGGGCCGAGGGGGCCUAACUCCUCUGCAGUCCGCUGAGGUUUAUGACCCUGAGACCGAUUCAUGGUCCCAAGUUGCCCCGAUGCCAUUUCGUAGGGCACAAGUGAUUCCCACAGCUUUUCUCGCAGACAUGUUGAAGCCAAUUGCAACAGGGAUGGCUUCUUACAAUGGAAAGCUUUGUGUUCCCCAAAGUUUGUACUCGUGGCCCUUUUUCGUUGAUGUUGGUGGGGAGAUAUUCGACCCUGCAACGGAUACUUGGGCUGAGAUGCCAAAUGGAAUGGGGGAAGACUGGCCUGCCCGACAGGCAGGGACAAAGCUAUCGGUUGUAGUGGGCGGGAAGCUGUAUGCUCUUGACCCUACAAGUUCUAUGGAUGGGAGCAAGAUCAAGGUAUAUGACUCUGAGCAGGAUGUGUGGAAGGUUGUGUUGAAGAAGGUACCUAUCCUACUUGAUCUCAGUGACUCGGAGUCGCCUUAUCUGUUGGCUGGAUUUGAUGGAAAGCUACAUGUCAUUACAAAGGAUAUCAAUGAUAACGUCACAGUUUUAAGGGCAGAGUUGGGAGAUAACUCUCAGUCACAGAAUGCAAAGGAGUCCGUGUGUGGGUGGAAGACAAUUUCGAGUGCCAGCUUUGGCCCUGUCGAGCUUGUUGCUUGUCAAGUCCUUGAUUUGUAACAACUAAGUUCUUGGUCGGAUUCGCCAGCCCAUAGCAAGAUAAUGAUGGAAACAUCAUAGAAGUGCGCCUGUUCUGCUUAUUCCUUUUUAUGAGCUCGUGCGAUUUUAGUAUUGACCAUGUUAGUGUGAAUUCAAUUAGAGCGACUUAACGAGGGUCAUCUCUCUUAGUAAUGUAAUUAUGGAGUGACCUGUAACUGUAGAUUAUUGUUGUACAUACUUUAGCAGAUUGGUGGGCGUUAAUUGCCACCUUUAUACCAUAAGAAGUUUCCAAUAUCCUUCAAGCUGUAUAGUGUUAUUGCUUAUUGGAGUUAAGUACCUCACAUUUAGCGUGCGUGAAUUUCUCGUGAGCAUCUACUUGGAUGAUCGUCAGAAUUUCAUAUACCGUCUCUGUCAUGGAGUGCACGCACAUCCUAUUGUUGUGUAAUCAUUUUGCACAUUCUAGUGGAAUAUAACUGUUCAUGACGGACCUAUUAACGUUCA